AUGUUGAAUCCAAGUGGUGGAAUUCCCCGGGGCAUAAGCCUUUCCAACACAGUCCAUUCGGAGGUCGCGCCGUGCUUGCCGUUGCCGUCUCUGCCGGUGUUUUGUGGUGCGCUUGAUGAGGUGCUCCACUUGUUCGAUGAGCAUAGCAGUUCGAGAUCGUUGAAUCGGAAUGAUGUUGUUAAUCAAGCUAGCAGAAUAGCUGAUCUGCUACGGAACACUGAUGUUUCUUACUUGAAUCUUAGAGCUGAGGCAAGUCCUCAACCUUAUGGCUAUGUGGGUUCUCUGGACCUUUAUAAUGAAGUUCUUACAUACGAUUCUGAAGCAUUUGAGCACAUAGCUCCAG